AUGGUUUCUACUCGUCGCAAGAAGGCUGCGGUUUCUACUGAGUUCAUUGAUGACUCCGAUGAGUCAGAUGGAAACCAGACUUACCAAGAGGAGGGUUCGUCUGAUGAGGAAGACGAGGACAAUGACAAUGAUGAAGAGGAAGAAGAGGCUGUCAUGAGUGAGCCGGAGAUUGUGGAGGUACCCUCCACCCCACGUAAACGUGGAAGACCCCCCAAGAUUCCUGCUACACCUACCCCAUCAAAAGGGAAAAAGAGAACAAUCAAUGAGGUCGCUGGUUCUGAUUCAGAAGCCUCUUUCAUUGCAAGCCCCAUACAUGACAGUCCAAAGAAACCUAGGGUAGCCCCUUCUACAACUAAGAAUCCUCCUGCCACUCCGUCCAAAAAGACUCCAGCUAAGGCCAAGGUGGCUAAUAAGACGAAGACUCCCACCAAGGCCAAGACAACUCCGGCUGUGAGUAACAAGGCGACCUCACCUAGCAAGGUGGCUUCCACUAAGAAGAGUAAAGUCGCUGCUUCUAACAAUGAUAAUGAACAGGAAUCUGUGGUCAGUGACGAUGACCCAAGCGAAUCCGGUCAUGAUUCUCCAACACCAACUGGAAAAAAAAAUAAAGCUCAUCAAGUGAUCUUCGACACUUCUGUGUUGAAGACAAAAGCCAGCAUUGAGAAAUCGAAGAAAAAGAAAACUGCUCAAGAUGUCUUUGACAAGGAUGAGGUCAUGUCCGAUGGUGACAAGACAGAUGACGGCGAAAAAGAGAUUGUUUAUUUAGAAGACAUUGAUCGUGAUCCUUCGCCCAGUUAUCCGAAGUUGUCUAAAUGUGGAGUUGCCGCCUCUGAUCUUAUCGACCCUCUUCUUAAGGAGACGUAUAAGAAGUUAACCAAGCUGCCUGGGCAAGUUAUCAAUAAGUAUAAUGUGUCCUCAUACAUCUUACUUGAACCUUAUAAAUCUAGCGGCUUGAAGUUUAUAUCAUGGAAGGACUCUAACAACGACCAAGAAGAUGACAAUGGAAAUGGGAUGAUACUUUUCUCUAGCAUUGGAGACGUUCACCCCAAUAUCAAUCUGAAGUACAUUAAAGGAUUAGUCGUGUUCGAGAAGGACUACACGUCCAAUAUCGUCAACCUUUCUCGCAUUGAUCCAUCACUUCUGGUCUCUAAGAAGACAUCCGGUCAAACAAAGGGUGGGCCUCUCGUGUUCAUACGGGAUCGCAAGACACCUGCCUUGUGUGUUACGCUUGGAAUCAUCGUUGAUGACCAGACCGAAUCACCUCGUCAACGCGGUGACAAGGAGGUCAAAUUCAUCACCGCAAAGCUUCUUGCUUAUGAGUAUGAGCGUAUGGUCGCGGUGUUGUGCAUGACCUUUAAGAGGGGGUCUGUGAGAGUUCAGCUGGCAGAUAGCACCCUGACCUUUGCGACACGUUCAGCUGAGCCAAAAUCAGGCUCUUCUCCAGUCAAAGGAUUUACGACGGUUCGGAGCAAAGCCACUAUGUCGAAUGAUACCCCAAAUCGGAAAUUUCGAUAUUCAUCGUCUCUGGGCCCUCAUGACUUAGUCCCCAUUCUAGAUGCUCGAACCAAGCAUAUCAAGAUGCCAUCUGGCCUUGGAUCCAUUGAAAAAGAUCUUCCCCCAUUCGGUCGUCAAGUCCCCACUGGUUCCAUAGCCCUCAUUGGAUAUACUGUUGGUUCCUAUAACUCCAAGGCAAAUCCCAACGAUGUAUCUUUGUCAAUGAAUGUGCUUUGGGUUGCAGUGCUUGCUGCUAGUGAAAACACUUUGCAAGUCUAUCAUUAUCUUCAUUCUUAUUUGUGCUCAACAUUGCAUUUCAGGUAG